AUGCCUUCUUUCACCACCUUCGUCGCUGCCAUCGCUGGAUGCUCUGCCAUUGUUAACGGAGCCGCUCUCCCCGCCGAAAACGGUCUCAAGACCAACGCCCUCCAACGCCGAGAGGUUACCAAGGGCUCUGAUCAUAUCCUGAGCAAGCGUGAGCCUGUCACUGUGGCUAUCUUGACUGCGGUUGGUACCGCUGCAGCCACCGCCGUUGUCAACGAAGCUGUUCAGGCCGCCGCGUCUUUCAUCGGUGACAUUGUGAACUUCGACGCUGGUCGUGAAGCUUUCACUAAGCAAACCACUGACGCCAUGAUGGCCAACAACCCCGACCCUGCGCGUUUCCAAGCUGCCGCUUGCUACAACCAAGGCUUCUCGGUCGCCGACCCUGCCAACAUCGACGGCCAGUCCUCUGUCGAUUUCAGACUCGGUGUUCUCAACACCGACUACGAGUGCAUGUACAUUGCUGCCCCCAACCAGUUUUUCACCGAGGGUGACGGUGGUUUCAUCAACCUUUCCUUCACCCACACCGACCGAUGCACCUUCGACGAGGAGACCGCUGAUCUCACUUUGUCUAACAACAAGAUCGUUCCUCUCACCAUUAUCAAGGGCGCUGGCCAUGAGCACAUCCCUAUCCCCGAGGGAGAGUGCGCAAUCAUUGCCGACUUUCACUCUGUCAAGUCACAGAGCUCACACUCUACUCCUUACUUGACAACUGGCUUCUACCGGGUCGUCCCAGGACCUACACGAUACGGCGAGUACGACUAUGAAGAGACCAAAUAUGUCCUCAAGGGCCAAAUCGACAUCACAGACGAGGCUACUGGCAAGACACAUCAUCUUGUUGCCGGAGACUGGGCCUUCUUCCACGUUGGAUCCAAAGCUCAGUUCUCAACCAAGACCGAAGGUGUUGCAUUCUACGCUGUUACUCGACCAAUGAACGAUGGUCACCCUAACCUUGUUGGCCGAGAGGAGAGCACCUCCAAGUUGUAA